UCUUAACACAAAGCAGCGUCAUCGAGACUUUCGCGAAAGAUGAACUUCAUUGAUUUGAGCCCAGGUGAUUUUUCAAGAGGUUGAAACGUCUCGGUAGAUUGCCCUAGUUGACUUCCUUAGAUGUAUAAAACAAUAACUAGACAUUUCCGCGUGAUAUCUUAGGAGUGUUUCGGCUGAUUUAUAAGAGAGUCGUAAAGGUCUUCAGAACCAGUGCAAUAGUUGGACCUCGUUCAAGACACAAUGGAUUCUUCGUAUCUGCUAGGAUUCUGUGUGAUGGUUCUGGCAUCGGGCGUUUUCGCUGGCCCUGUAAAUGAUAAACGCGCAGAUGGAAUCUUCCCAGAAGUCUCGACCUGCUCGAGUGACUUCAGUUGUCCUGAUGGGGAGCUCUGUCAUCCGGUCUACAAAGUGUGCUACUCUAUCCAAGCCAAACGCCAAAUCUUCCCUGAAGUCUCAUCCUGCUCGAGUGAUUUCAGCUGUCCUGAGGGGGAACGCUGUCAUCCGGUCUACAAAGUGUGCUUCCCAAGUCAGGAUAAACGAGGGAUUUUCCCAGAAGUCUCGACCUGUUCGAGUGACUUCAGUUGUCCUGAAGGGGAGCGCUGUCAUCCGAUCUACAAAGUGUGCUACUCUAGCCAAGAAAAGCGCGCAGACGGCUUUUUUCCACCCAUUGCGUCCUGUUCAAGUGAUUCUGCAUGUCCUUUGGGGGAACGCUGUCACCCAAUCUUUAAAGUGUGCUACUCCAUUUAGCCCCAGAUUCGUGAAAGAGGAGAUAAGCAGCACUAUGAACCAAACUUUGGUGGCGAUCGUAUAAUAAUUUGUAAAUUGAACACUCGAAUUUUCGCCAGAAUACAAAGUUUCAUUUUUGUAUCAUAAAUUGUCCCAUAAGAACUAACCUUUUUCAUAAAGGACUACGUCGCUUAUAAACAAUCAAAGUGAACAUUGAUAAACGUUACCAUGGUACAGCGCACGGUCGGCCUUAUGCCAGAACAGGGUGUGUCUAAGUAUGUCUAAGUAUGUAUUUGGAGUUAGGACGAGUUGUUCAAAGCAGAAAAUAGAUUUCAAUAAAUUUCUUAGCCAAAA